UUUCAUGACAUCUUUCUUGUUCUCUUUGUCGCGUUGGCGCUCGCUUCUGAGCUUUAAAUUUAAAUAAAGGAAUUCAUUUUAACGCUGGCUCGUUUUAAAAACACUUCCGAUCAUAGUAAACGUUUAGGUUAAAGUCUAAAGAGCUUAAACUGCUAGUGAAUCGUUUAUUUUGGUGUUCUUCCGCAAACUACGCAAUUUUCGAUAAAAAGUUCCGUUAGAGCGCCAUUUUCUUUUGGAUUCUUUUCGCUUUACCGUUUACUUCGUUCAUUCAUUAUCCCGCGUGGCGUCUUUUUCUUUUCUCAACAAUUUCUAGAAUGACUAAUUCAGACGAAAUAGAAAUGUUGUGCGUCGUCUGCGGAAAUCCGGCCGGGCUAAUGUGCCAGCGGUGCGGAGAACCUUAUUGCAAGGACGGAUGCCAACGGCUGGAUUGGCAGCGGCACAAACACGUCUGCAUCAUCAUGCCACCCUUGGUGGCCUGCAGACCGAUUCAGCAUCUGCCGAAUCCGAACCCCAUCAAAACCGUAGAGACAGCUGUGUCCAAAGUUUCGCUGGCUGAAACCCCGGCCAAAAUUGAAUCUUUUAUCAAAAAUCCAACUUCAACACCGGUUGUCCCUGUGAAGAAAAAUGAGGUACUCUCUGAGAAUUGGCGCGAUCACCUGAUGCCGAAGGGCGAGGAGUUCUUCGAGUGCCGUGUGACCUUCAUGGAGAAGGAAGGACCCUUCUGGGUGGUGCUCGUGGUCGAUGUGGAGAGCAUGGAGCGUAUGACGGACAACAUGCAGCGCUGCAUGCAGAACCAGAAGUUGAUUCGUUCGCAACACGUCAAGAAGAACACCCUGGUGGUCAUCAAUGUAGACAGCAAGAUCCACCGAGGUCAGGUCCUGACUGUCAGCUCUGAAAACCAAGAGGCCGACAUCCGCAUGAUUGACUAUGGAGCAGUGGUUUGCACUCCUUUCCGGGAUAUAUAUGACAUUGUCCCCAAGAUAGCCGAGUUCAAUGCUUUCGCUUUCCGGGUGAAGUUGCCCACCAACACUGGAGUUCAGGUCAAUAAGAACCUCACGCUCCGUUUGCUGGGAACUCGAACUCACGAUGGCGUUUACCACGUCCACCUCAAGCCCAAGAUGACCAUACCACUAAGUCUGCCCAUGGAGAUGCUGCAGCUUAAUCCGGAGGUCAAGGUAAUCCGGGUGUUUGAGAAGAAUGCAACGGCCAACGAGUCGCAGGUGGCUCUUCUCCAGAUCAACGUGAUGGAUCACAUAAACAAGGACCUAAACGCCAGUUUGGCUGGAAAGCCGGGGCAACCGUUCACAGGACCUUUUCCGGAAGACAAGUGCACAUUCUUUGUGGCCGCUCGCACAAAGGAUGGCUAUCGGCGAGCCUUCCUUUUGGACCAUAUCGUAAGGCCAACGCCAACGUUCUUGGUUUACGAAAUGGAUGAGGGACGGGUAUCUGUCACCAGUGAGCUGACCCGCAUUCCCAGCGAGCUACUUGGUUUGCCCAUCCGUGUGUUUGCCGCCCAUCUUAAGGACUCUGUGCCAAAAGAGCUUGAGACUUGUGGAGCUGAUCUAACGGUCAAGUUUAAGUUGGAUAAUCCGCCUCCCAAGGAAAAGUUGAGAGCGGCAAAUGCCGCCUUGCUUGCCAAGGGUGAGCAGAUUUGUAUGGCCCGACUCAGCACCUUUUUGGGUCAGAUUUCCGAGUUAGGCCAUAAGAUCUGGAGCGAACCCAUCGUGAAUGAUGCCUCCGUGUUCAUCACCCAUGUCGUCAGCUUUAAGGAGGUUUACGUUAGCUCACCGAGCAGCAAGCAGUAUGCAGGCAUCUUCAAGCGUCUGGAGGCGAAAUGCCCCGCUUUCAAAGAGGCCAGCGAGGUUUCCGUUGGCUGCAACGUGCUGGUUGUUUCCAAGAAGAUAGCACAUUUCCGAGGCGAGGUAUUGAGUGUUGAGGACGGAAUGUAUAAUGUAGUGAACGUCGAUACAGGUGCCAAUCACCAGUUGGAUUUGACGGUGCUGCGUAAAUCCUGUCGCUUCCUGGACAAUAUGCCCGUCAGCCUGUUGCGCGUCAAUUUGAAGACCGUCUGCAAUAUUCCGGAUACUGCUGUGCCCGCCAGCAAUGCGGCCAUCCACUUGCUGCACUUGGUCAGCACCCAGGAGGAAAUUUUUAACUUGAAAAUGGAAGAUGCGAGUACUUCAACUGUAGAUCUGCUGUCCAACUCCGGGGAACAGCGCUCAUUGGUAAACCGAAUGCUACCACUCAUGUUUACGCCGAUGCAGGAGAAAGAGAAGGUUGCUGCUCCCACUCCAGCACCAUCACCUGUUGCUUGCAAGCAGUCGGAUCCAUUUUUGAUGGAGCCAGCUAAAGAUUUACCCCCGCUGCCGCCUUCCCCUCCGGACUCACCUGCUCCUUUCCAUUCCGUGGACACUCCGGAAUUAAUGGAAGGCGCAUCCAAAAAGCCCUUCGAGCGCUUCUUUUUCAAUGCUAUGCCCAAAUAUCUGGUGCCCUUGGGCGAUAAGGUCAACAUAAUCCUGUUAAACGCUGGUGGAAUGACAGAGACUGGCUACAUCACCGCCUGCUUUUUUCAGAACGGAAAAGUUGCCGAGGAAUUCCAAAGGUUGCUUAAUUUGGUAGCCAAGCAAGGAGAGUGCGGCCACAACGCUGUGCCGGGCUAUAUACCAAAUGUUGGUGAACUGUGCUUGGCGAUGUUUAGCGAGGACAAAAGCUGGUAUCGCGGAAUUUGCCAGGAGGUCAAAGACAAUGUUGUCAAGAUCUUGUACUGCGACUUUGGAAACUGGGAAUAUGUGAGCCCAAAAAAUCUCAAGCCGAUUUCCCAGGAUCUGCUGGAAGGCGUUUAUGCCACCAAGUGCUAUAUCGAUGGCUUCGACAAAUCCAAGAAUUUUGCCGCUUUGGAGCUUUACCUAGUUCACCAGAGCAAGUUCCAAUGUGACGUUAAAGAUGGUCCCGAGCCUGAUACUCGUCUCAUAACGGUUCCCAAUUUGGAGAAUAUACUUAACCAAACUGCUGCCUAAUUUAACGAGAGUUACGACUUCAAGUUACUGACCGGAUAUAUCGUUUUACUUCAUAUGUUUAUAGUAUUUAUAGUACACUAAAGUGUAUUUCCGAACAGGAUUAA